AUGGGUCUAAGGUCUCUUGAAUCUUUAGACUUCAUCGCUGAAUAUAUUGGCAUGAGCUUGCUGCAGAUUGUCUACCAGAGUGGCUCCAUUCGUAAUAACCAGUGCGGAAUUCUUCUAUUGGUACUAUGCUGCAGCGCCUGGCUUCAGAGCAGUUGUAGUAGGGACACAUAUCAGACCGAGCAGAAGAGAGGGGGGGAGGAGGUGCAGGUAGAACGGGAGUUCUUCUUCCCUCCUCUCGAGGCGCUGCUGAAGGCAGUCAGGGCAACGGGGAUUCUUGACCAGCCCGGCGAACUCGCCGCCUAGUUUCCAGAGGCGACAGUGCGGCGCCACUGCAAGCCUCAGGACGGAGGAGAACAAGA